UUACACAGGUGAACAGGAGGAGACGCAUUCCAGCUCAGCAGCUUCAGCAUGAACUCCAGCGCUAUUCUGCUCUUCCUGGGACUGAUGGGGACAGCGUUCAGCAGCCCGGUUUGUCCUCAAAACUGCAACCAUGCUCAGCACUAUCACAGGCAGUACUUCACUCAUGUGUCCGACCUCCAUAAUUCUUCAGUCGCGCCCUGGAAACUACAAAACAACUCUAAAGCAGGCCGAGAACCACAGACGAUCAAGGAGGCCAAAUGCAUGCCUUGCAGUGUGGCGAACAUGGUGGCCAGACCAAUCUUCGUACAGAUUCAGGUGUACGAGAGAAUAGGCACGCAUGGGUAUUGCAGCUGUCCGUUCGAUCUGGCGGUCGGAUGCACCUGUGUCGCGAAGGAAUGACGGCCGGACGCCAGGCUGUGCUGAAUGUGCCGUAACAACCUGCUUUUAGUUGCUGGCUGUGCCUAUAUUGAAUGUAUUUAUUUGUAAUACUGUUUAUCAGGUUAUAUAUGAGUGUGCAUGUAAAAUGCCACCAAGUCAUAGUUUUUUGAACUUACCUAUAUGUCAAUGACAUGUUUGUUUACAUGAGAUAAAACUUCAUGAAUUUUGUGGCAGUGUUGCUCGUUUCAAAGCAACCUGAAUCCUUUUUUCUAGAAAAAUUCAGUGUACUGAUCUGUUCAAUGUGCAUCUGAAUAUCACAUUUUAUUCUUUACAUGCAUCAUGUAAUAUGCAGUUGAUAAUAUCAUAGUCAUUUCAGAAUAUUUCUGGUCAGUACCAAUGUGAAAAUGUUUGUUUUGUAUUAUCAAAAUGCUGGAUUUUUAUGUACCUCACUGAGCUUCAGUAAAACUAUUAAAGCCUCGUAUUCAUCAAAGGAUUUGUAGUGCACUAAAUGUGUUUUAAUUGCUGAUGCCUGGUUUUACAUAUAAGCACAGUGCUAAUAGACAGAUAAAGCAAUGAAAGUGUAUAUAUAGCGUUAUAUAAUA